AUGGCCCCUCUUCGUACCAUGACCGGCGAUACUUUCACCGAUGAGAAGACACCUCAAUCGCCAGUAUCGCCAGUGUCUCCCACGAAUACCGACGCGACCUUAACGGGGGACUUCAUUGAGGGUGCUGAAGAUAGCCAUUCUACCAUUCAGCCCCCAACGCGGAGAGACUCAGUUGACGUUGAGAGCGCACAGCCUGAGAACGGAAAGAAGCGACCGAAUUUCUUGCGACGAAUCACAGUCCCUUUUCGCUCCGAGCCUGAGGCCGAAUAUGUGACUGAGAACGUUACGCGAACUUUGGAAAAAACUCCCAAUGGCUUCCCAAAACUCGCAGCAUUCCAAUCGAGUGAACAAAACUUCUCACUUUAUCGCGCCUUCUCAUAUCUGCACUCACGUAUCCUCCUUGAUUUGCAGGAUGAGAUCACAUCAUUAGAACAGGAGCUGGACGAGAUUGACUGGGAUGACCACGACGAAGACCGUACUCGUUUGAUGUCGAGGGAUUUCGACAAAGCCCAGCCUGAUGGCGAGGGGGCGCCUCGCAGCCGACGAGUUGUACUGCGAGAAAUCAAAGCCAAGCUAAUGGAAUAUGAUGAUGUCCUCAUCAAGGCAAGGACAGUGGGUUCCUUCCAGAAGCCAUCAGAUCGAAAUUACCGUAGUGUGCGACGCUACUGUUACAACAGAAAGCCGCUCAUGGAUGCUGAGAUGGAAGCUAUUCGCAGCAAAGAAGACAUUGUAUCCUUGCACAACGGUCGUGAGUGGGCGACCUUCGACGGCGGUGUCGAGAGUCUUAUCGGCCAAACCGACAUACUCCUGCAAAAGGUCUUUGGCACCAAGAAACUUCCACUACAGAAGUACUUCCGUACCCCAGAAGCUCAGGAAAAGACAACAGAUCCUUACGUUUCCCUCUACAGCAGCUCCCGCAUCGACAAAGUUGUCAACAUGCUCAUCACAUUCGUCAUAUUCUGUCUCCUUGUCGUUCCCGUCAUCACCAUGUACCAGUUAACCAACACUGCUGCACAUGUGGUGACGGAUGCUUCUGGCAACACGUCCACAACCAGCCAAGUGGAUAUUGACAGUAGAGACACUUUCAACGCUGUCGGCGUGCUGAUCGUAUUCACGUUGCUCUUCAGCGCUGCAAUGAGUCUUUUGACAAAGGCGGCGAGACACGAACUGUUUGCGGCAUCGGCAGCCUAUUCUUUCGCUUUCUUAAACAUGUCCUUCCUAUCGAACUACUUCACUGGGCAGCGAGUCGCUCCUCCUCGCAUACCCACGGAUACCAUCAUACCCCUCCACAGCCGCGACGACACGCACCAAAACAGAAACGUUUCAGUCGAAUACACCAUGUGUUUUGACGAUGUUCUUGAUGAGCGGAAGCUUGUCGAAGCAUUAUGGAGGUUGCUGGAGAAACCUGGUUGGAGGAAGUUGGGAGCGAGACUGCGCCUCAACACCAGCAACGAUAAACUUGAAUACCACAUACCAGCACAGUAUACCAAAGAGCGCCCGCCAGUCAACUUCACCCAUGAGACUUUCGACAGCAAAUUGAAGGACCAUCCUCUUGGUUGCCAGAUUCCUACUGCGAACGAGCGUGACGACAGUGUCCAGGUCUUCGGCGUUCUAGAGUCGCAACGUGGGGUUAUAAGUGCGAGGGGAAAUACUUCAGUCCUUGAUGACUGGCUCUUUUCAGAUGAGGCGCAGUUAGGCUUACAUGUAACGAGCUUCAAGGAUGCGACGCUCGUCACCCUUACUUGGCUACAUACGCUUCUUGAUGCGAUGGGACGACAAACUCUACUAAGAGCCUGGACGGCAGUUUUGGAAGGAAGAGACGAAGAUGUACCGGAGUUCUGGGGUUACGAUUUCGACCCAUUGAAGCGGCUUGGAGCUUCUCUCGAUGAGGACAACCAGGAUGCAGAGGGUAUGAGUGCCGGCACUACGCAGGUGCAAGAGAAAGCGCAAUCUCGGAUCUGGAUGGUGAUGUCAAACUUCAAGACCUGGCUUCCAAGCUUGCUAGGCCCCAGAGCGAUGUUCGCAUACCUCUAUUCUCGGUUCUUUACACCAACGACAACGCAGAACGGCCGUAUGCUCUACAUGCCCGCGGCCUACAUGGCUCGCUUGCGAACUGAAGCAAUGCACGAUCUUGAAUCUCUCGACGCCUCACAAAUAACCUACAAUACCUCAACAUCUUCUGCACCAAAGCCCUUCCUCUCGGACGGCGACAUCUUCUCAGCAUGGUUAAUCCGCCAUCUCGUUUCCUCCGACACCUCUCUGCUCAACUCACCACCUGCUCGACCCAUAAUAAUCCUCAAUGUCUUGGGCAUGCGAGACGUACUAUCUACCUCGUCAUCCAAAUACGAGGUCUUGAUUCCAAAAGGAAAAGCAUAUGUUGCAAACUGUACAGGUGGAAUCGUUUCGGCGUUCAGUGUACAGCAGUUUGUCGGUAUGCCGCUGGGUCACGUUGCGGCUCGUAUUCGCAAAGAUCUUGUUGAGCAGGCGAAUAGAGAGGCGGUGGAAGCUUCGCAGCGUGCCAGCCGCAACGGACAGCAAAACCUUACGCCUCCGUCGGAUCCGCAGAUGGGGCCGGCAGCCUACGUGUUCUCAAAUUGGGCAAAGGCAACGUUGUUUGAUACAGAUUUCAGCGCUGCUGUCGUUUCUGAUGACGGCGAUGAGGGUGGGUUGACUAGUAGGCCGACCAGAGGAAAGCCUGUGUAUAUCAGUGUUAACGGUCACGAUAGACGGGUGGACGGUUGGGGUAAAAGCUCAGGGGGCAUUGGUAUGUGUGUUGGUAAGGAUGCUAGGGGUGGGUAUUGGCUUGGAGCAAUCACCCCAGCAAAAGAGUUUGCGGAGGAGUUUGAGAAGACUGUGUUAAGCGAUUUCUAG